GACCCGCAAAUAGCCUUCCUAAUCAAAACUAUUACAGAGAAGCCUAGCUUUUCACGACACUCACCUUAAUCAGUUUCUGUUGAUCCUAAACAUCAAUGCCGAACAUCAAACUGACCUCACAAUUUUUCAAUACUAAGAUGAAACUUGGGUCUUCGAAUUGGAGAAGAACUCAUCUUAACCAACCUUAAAACUCUAUCAAAUUAUAAUAAACAGCUUUCAAUCUUCUUUUUUCUCUAUAUUCCUACAUCGUAUUUCAAGAAACUUACAUAUGGCAGACUCGAAGUUAUAUGAGCAAGAACACAACCAGGCAGAUUCGCCACCAUCAUACGGAGAAGCAACGCUGUCCGAUACCUUACUUUUCUCCCAAACAACAAAAGCUCGAGACGACGGGCGUAUCGACCUCGAUCUCACAUCAAAUGUUGCAAGGAGACUUUCAAAAUAUCUAGAUAUUCCAUCAUACACUGAUUUUGACACCAAAUUACCUGAAAUCAGGGAGAAUCGACCAUGGGCUGUCAAGCUCAAUAUUGUCAUUCAAGUAGUGGGGAGUAGGGGUGACGUCCAGCCAUUUAUUGCUCUGGGCAAUGAGCUCCAAAAGCACGGUCAUCGUGUGCGUAUCGCAACAUACGAUCAAUUCGAGGACUUUGUCCGACAAGCGAAUCUCGAAUUCUAUCCGAUUGGUGGUAAUCCAGCUGAGUUGAUGGCAUUCAUGGUGAAAAACCCAGGCUUGAUUCCGAGCAUGCAGACUUUGAGAAGUGGAGAAAUCCAGCGAAAGAGAGCUACGAUUUCUGAGAUGCUAGAAGGAUGCUGGAGAUCUUGUUUUAAGCCUGAUAUGAUAUCUGCCGAGCCAUUUGUAGCUGAUGCUAUCAUUGCCAAUCCUCCAAGUUUUGCACACGUUCAUUGCGCUCAAGCACUCGGCAUCCCACUGCAUCUCUGUUUCACUAUGCCUUGGUCACCAACAGCAGCAUUUCCGCAUCCACUAGCAAAUAUAAAGACAUCCAGUGUCGAUGUCGGAACUGGAAAUUAUCUUUCUUACUUACUGGUAGAGUGGAUGACAUGGCAAGGUCUAGGAGAUAUUAUAAACAGUUUUCGAGAGAGAAUUGACCUUGAACAUGUACCAUACUCUGAGGGACCCACGCUGGCAGUCUCCCUCAAGAUUCCCUUCACCUAUUGUUGGUCUCCUGCACUCGUCCCAAGGCCUAUAGACUGGCCACCCCAUAUAGAUGUCUGCGGAUUUUUCUUCCGGGAUACACCGGUAUAUACCCCACCGCCGGAGCUUGAUGCAUUCCUACGAAUGCGAGGACCACCGGUUGUAUAUAUUGGUUUUGGUAGCAUUGUCAUCGACGAUCCAGAAGCCUUGACGGGUACUCUAUUGGAUGCUGUUCAUGCUCUUGGUGUCCGAGCAAUUAUCUCGAAAGGCUGGAGUAAGUUGGGUGGAGCCGAUUUUGAGGACAUCUUUUAUCUUGACGAUUGUCCCCACGAAUGGCUGUUCCAGCAUGUAUCGGCUGUCGUACACCACGGUGGUGCAGGAACGACAGCAUGCGGAUUGAGUAAUGGACGACCUACAAUGGUUGUACCCUUCUUCGGAGAUCAACCAUUUUGGGGAGAAAUGAUUAAUGCAGCAGGCGCCGGACCGACUCCAGUACCUUUCAAGUCUCUUAACACCAAGAACCUUGUAGAAGGCUUGAAGUUCUGUCUAACAAAAGAAGCUGCAAUUGCGGCAGGUAAAAUAGCAUCGAAGAUGGUGAAGGAAGAUGGAGUUAAGGCUGCUGUAAGAUCUUUUCAUGCCAAUUUACCUCUUGAAGAUCUUCGCUGUGAUUUGUUGCCAGAUAAGCCGGCAGCUUGGCGAUACAAGCACAAGGAAAAGACUAUCAAGCUCUCGAAAUUUGCUAUGCAAAUACUACUCGAAAACAACAGACUUGAUCAAGAGAACGUGAAGCUACUUGAAACGAAACACAUAGAUAUUUUGCACCGACGAUGGGAUCCUGUCACUGCAAUGGCUUCUGCCUAUAUUGGAAUAGCGACAGACAUUGUCCAAGCGCAAGUAGGAGUUUUCACCAAACCUUACGAGGAGUACAAAAAAGCACAAGCUCAAAACAAAAGCCGCAAAAUUGUAGAUGAGAGUCUAAGCAAACAAGACCCUGAGGUGUCUGACUCUCAUAGCUUGCCAGGCGGCAACGGUGCCAUGAGCAGCUCUUCCUCAAUACAUUCUACAAAUUCACAUAAUAAGAAAUCAGGUACGGCUGGGUUAAUGGCUCGCGCUUCCGGGAAGAGUGCCGGAAAAAUGUUCGUUGCUACUGGUAAAGGAUUUUUUGUAAAUGUCCCUCUUGCAAUGGCAGAUGGGAUGCGUGCAAUGCCUGGCUUCUAUGGUGAUAAAGCUAAAGACUGCGGAAACGUGACAGGAUGGAAGAGUGGGAUGGCUGCGGGCGGAAAGGCUUUUAGCUAUGGGAUAGUUGGAGGAUUGGCAGAUUUAGUUGUGCAGCCCUACAAAGGUGGAAGGAAAGAGGGUGCAUUAGGUGUGGCUAAGGGCAUUGGGAAAGGUACUUUAGGUAUGAUAUCGAAAAUUUCUGGAGGUGCCGUUGGUUUCUAUGCAUAUCCGGCGCAGGGUAUAGCGAAAAGCAUUUCUAAUACAGUGCACACGACAAAAAAGAAAGAAAUUCAAGCCGCGAAAAGAGAAGAAGGCGCUUGGUUAAUCCAGGAAGGCCGCUUGACUAAUGAAGAUGUAAAGGUGAUAAUAGAUGUAUUCGAAUUUAUCAAAAUAUGAUCAGUAAAUUCAAGAUUAUAUUAAAAUGAGAGAAUACGUUAAUAACA